GAGAACAGAUAAAGGGAGGGGUGGGCACACGCUACAAAAACAACUCAAUCGUUCACAUUUUAAAACAAACUUGGCUCGGGUCUACAAGGGUACCUUCCGUGAUGUAGAGACAUCCGAGAUGUAAUGACAAAAAACCACUUCGAAUCCACUUCGGAAGUAAACUCUCUGGAAUAAUAUCAGAAGUGCAUCUCAUCAGUUCUGUACAGAAGUCAAAGCUCAGACGGGAAUCGUUCGAGGACAAUGUUGGCAGAGGGCAGAGAGUCCCCAGUCUUUUCCGUUUCUCAUGCUGAUAGUUACAAUGGGGAGGAGGAAUCGUGCACGCGCAUGGCCCUGCUAAACGGCGUUGACCAGAGUCGGCGGCACAGGACAGCGUUCACGCGGGAGCAGCUCGCGCGCCUCGAACAGGAGUACUGCAAAGAGAGUUACGUGUCACGGGCCAGACGGUGCGAACUGGGGGCGGCCCUUAACCUGCCAGAGACCACCAUAAAGGUCUGGUUCCAAAACAGACGGAUGAAGGAUAAGCGACAGCGCCAUAGUCUGAGUUGGCCUCACCCAUUGGACCCAAAUCUGUGUGCCUUUAUGGUGAGCCAGGCAGUGACAGGGUUGCCAUACCCACUGCUGCCCCACAUUCCCCUGCAGUUGUACUCUCAUCUGGGUGUGGCAGGUAUGCCAUCUCUCUCCGGUCUGUCUAGUCCCUACAGUGCUGGCUGUCUGAGACCACUGAACACUGUACUAUUUCCACACUCACCCUACACUAGGAUUGGUGGGCUUCAUUCUCCAGUCCUCUACCCUCCACUUCCCACAGUGCAACAUCCUAAAACCUGUCCUUGCCCCUACUGCCUCCACUGGUCUCGACCAGACCAAGUACACAAAGCUAGAGGUGGAGCUGAUCUUGGGUUGAGUCUAGCCAGUAGCUCAGAACCCUCAGUUGCACUAUUAGAUUGCAGAGAAGAAAUACAUUUGCCCCAGUGAAUACAGUGCAUUAUUUAACAUUAAACUUUACGUGUUACUCAUAUUCCUGAGUAGUCGUGUAUUAGUUUAAGGUUAGAACUAAAUUCUACAAGAAGGCUGAUUUUCAGGAGGAAAGAUGAUUACUCAUCUAUCUCAAAAAAGCAGACUGCAACAGCACAGUAAAUAAAUGUCAAUGAAAGAACAACAACUUACCAAUGAUGCACAAAUGUAAUACUGUAUUUUUUGUAUGUUUUAAUAACA